AUGGGAGUCCCAGUUGCGGUGGAAAAGUCGGUCGGCCCAACAACAAUUCACGUGACUAACAAAAACCAAGUUGUAUUAAGGAAAACCAUCUGGAUACUGGGUUCAUCAAUAAUCAAGCAAGCCUUCAUAGCAGCAAGAUUACGACCUGAAGGGGCCAACCUCUGCCUUGAACCCAACAUCAUCUGGUGGCAAGGGUACAGUGGGUUAACACUUGCAGAAUCAAAGAAAAAAUUUCUUUCGCUUGCCAAUGUGGGUAAUUCUCCAGACUAUAUUGUGUUACAUUUAGGUGGUAAUGAUCUUGGUCGUCGGUCACUGGUGGACCUUCGAAAAUUGAUUGUCGAGCUAUUCAGGACUAUACUGUCUAUAUUUCCAAGUGUUAAGAUUGUAUGGUCUGCAGUGCUUCCAAGGUCAAAUUGGAGAUAUUCUGAUAAUAAAGUUGCUAUGGUCAAAGCAAGAAAGCGCCUUAAUAGUCAUGGUUCAUCUAGGGCUUUGGCAUGUGGAGGGCAUUACUUGGCCAACUCUGACUUUGGAAAAUUUGAGGAACAUUUGUUUGAGAAGGACGGAGUCCACUUGUCAACUCUGGGUACAGAUAUUUUUCUUUCUAAUAUGUCUGCAGGGCUUGAAAAACUUAUAAAGCAUAAUACACCAAUCCAUUACUGAAGUUCUAGAUGCACAAAUUUGGGGGUUCUUACAAUUUUAAAUCCCAAACAUUAUGUAUGUUGGUGUUGCUAUUGAGUCCAAAAAUAGAUAUUUGCAGUUAGUUUGUAUGCAUAUUUUUCUUACUCAUAUGUAUGAAAAAAGAAAAAAGAAAGUUUUUUGCUGCUAAUUUUUAUGCAAUUUUUUGCUGCUAGUUUUUAUGCAUUUUUUUUUUCUGCUGGGUUUUAUGCAUUUUUGCUGCUAGUUUUUAUUCAUAUCUUUGCCUUGUGUUUACAGUUUACUGCUUCCGACUCCAAGCAUGCGUCCAUCCGCCCUGCAGCCAAAGUUCUUUGGCAGUGGCCACCCGUCAUCUCUGGCCCAGCUGGUUUCGAGGUUGGGGCAUUUGGGCCGCUGGGUCAGCGUUGUUGGGUGGCCAUAUGGCAAUCAGUGCCGGAUGGACGCUUUUUACCUGGCACAUUUUUUGGGGAAAAUAUAUAUGAUUUUGUUGGGAGUGCUGAUGGCCGUCACCCGGAGUCAGCACUCAUAUACAAUUUAUUUGUGCAGUUAGUUAUUUGCAGUUAGUUUGGGCUUGCCAUGUUCGCAGGUGGCCCUUGCUGCUUGGAGUCGAGACAUUAUAUGCCAGAACCAUUUUUUAUGUUUUUAUGUUAUAAGGUCCUUUAAUAAAAAGUAAAAAUUUAGUUGAGUUUAUAUUUACUGUGUGAAAAGGGUUAUUCAUCGGAGUUUUCAUAUAGGCUUGCCCAUGUAAUGCUAGGUGGCAGUUUGGGUUUAGUUCUUGGCCUCUACAAUAAUAUGGUCUAUUACUAAAUAAUAGACCUGUUUAUUGUUGGGCCACUGCUGGGCUGGUUUUUCAGUUUUCUUAUUGUUGGUGUUUUUUAACCGAAGUAGCUAAUUUUACAGAUUUAAAAUUUCUUUCUCAUUGUUAUCUACACAAACAAAAGGUUGUAAAUUUUCUCCCCUCCCACCCAACCCAUGUAGUUUGUUUUUACACAGUGUUGUUCUGUCACACUUUACUGCGUCCGUUAUAUAUUUAAAAAUUUGGUCAGGCUUAGGGUAAAUAUAGAUUUAUUUUAAGUUUUAUUUGCCUGUCCACAUUAAUUUUAAUAACAUAAGGGGAAACUGAUUGUUUUCCGUACUAGAUUUGGUUUUAGUAUAUUACAUAUUCUGCUGGUUUGAGUUGCGUUUUUCAGUUUGCCGUGUAGACGCAGAGUACCAAACGUCGGAUACAGGUCGGUCACGACUCCACUUCCGAUGGGGCAGUUCGGACACCUCGGGUUUGUCGACAGUCGCUUGAAGUUAAAAGUUCCUUGGCAAUCAGUGCCGGAUGGACGCUUUUUACCUGGCACAUUUUUUUGGGAAAAUAUAUAUGAUUUUGUUGGGAGUGCUGAUGGCCGUCACCCGGAGUCAGCACUCAUAUACAAUUUAUUUGUGCAGUUAGUUAUUUGCAGUUAGUUUGGGCUUGCCAUGUUCGCAGGUGGCCCUUGCUGCUUGGAGUCGAGACAUUAUAUGCCAGAACCAUUUUUUAUGUUUUUAUGUUAUAAGGUCCUUUAAUAAAAAGUAAAAAUUUA